AUGAAAGCCAACUUCCUAUUCUGCUGCUCCCUCUUGGGAGCAGCCCUUGCGGUAACAUGCCCUGGCGAUACUGGAGUCAACGGCUAUGCUAGUGUCGAAGGUGGAACAACUGGCGGAGGAACUGUCACGGCUAUAACCGUUACCACCUUGGCCGACUUAAAGGCUAAUGCCGGAGCCUCUGGCAGUCGUGUUAUCAUCGUCAAAGGCACAAUCGAUACUGGCUCCGCUAUCAAUGUUGCGAGUGACAAGACCAUCAGAGGCUACGACACUUGCGCCACUAUUAUCGGAGGGUUCUCCAUGAACGGAGUCUCAAACAUUAUCUUCCAGAACCUCAACAUCAAGGGCGGGGAUGCUGUCGAUACGAUCGCAAGCAGAAAUUCACACCAUGUCUGGUAUGAUCAUCUGAGCCUCUCGGAUGCUUCUGAUGGCCUUCUCGAUGUCACUAAAGCAUCUGAUUACCAGACUGUAUCCUGGUGCAAAUUCUUUUAUACCGAUACUACAAACGACCACAGGCUUGCGAGUCUCGUCAGCGCAGGAGGCGGCACUCAACCCGACGACGAGGGCAAGUUGCAUUUGACUUACCACCACAACUGGUGGUCGUCAAAUGUUGAUCAGCGCAGGCCACGGGUCAUGUACGGCGAUGCUCAUAUCUACAAUAACCAGUACCGCGCGGGAGGUAAUUCCUGCUGUAUUGGCUUUGGGUCCUACGCGUCGGUCCUUAUCGAGAAUAACUACUUCCAAGAAGUUAAAAGCCCCCACGAGUUCAUCAAGGACAAUGUCUACUUUGGAAGCACAAAUGCCGAGGGACAGGAGGACUUCACCGCAGGCCCCUUUACGCCACCAUACUCCUACAAGCUAGAUGAUGCUUCUGCCACUUGUCCAGGGUUGCGCGGGGCCUCGCUAGAUAAUGAUAUCUGUGUUAGGGUAGGAAAGUAG